UAGAAACAACUCGUGGUAGUUUCAGUCAUGCGCUGUUGAUCACGUGGAAGAUAAACCAUUUGAGAGCACUAAAAUCUGAGAUCACUUUUUAAAAUUUAAUCUGUGAAAUAGAGUCUAAUAUCUUUAUUAGAGGACAGUAUUUCAACAUGAAGGAUACAAAUUAUUUGCUUCCCGUUUUUGUCUUACUCCACACUGUAUCUUCCUUGCCGAAUUUGCAAACCGAAUGGGAGCAAUGGAAAGAGAAAUUUGGGAAGAUAUAUGACACAGUUGACGACGAAAAUGUUCAUCUGGAGAUUUGGAAGACCAAUUACAAAUAUGUUUUAGAUCAUAAUACAAAAACUGACAAUGGGUUUUCAUUAGAAAUGAAUUACUUAGCAGAUCAGAAUCUCAAACGACCUUUAAUAGAGUUAACGCAGUAUGGAGGUAAUACUGUAAAAGACAAGACUAGUUUGACCUUCGCUCCACAAAGUUGGGAUUGGCGGACAAAAGGAGCCAUUGGACCAGUGCAGAAUCAGGGGAUGUUAGGAGAUGCCCAGUCUAUUGUUGCUGCCGGGUGUGUUGAGAGCUAUGGAAGGAUUAAAACUGGAAAGCUUUUGGAUGUAAGCAAAAUGGAAAUACAUGACUGCUGUGUGAAACAACGUUUGUUAACAAACGAUAUAUUUGAAUGUAUUCACAACAUUGGAGGCGUUUGUUCUGCCGCCGAUUAUCCGCAAACAGCAGGGACAUGUAGAAAUAACACUUGUGCUGCUGCUGUUCAGAUAAACGGCGGAAUGAUGGUGCAAAGUGGAAGUGAGACAGCAUUGAUGAAUGCAGUGUAUAAAAUGCCCGUGAUGGCCUUGAUUGAUGCUGGUCAUCCGUCGUUCCAGUUGUACAGAAGUGGAAUUUAUAAUGAGCCAGCAUGUAGCAGUAAAAGAUUAGACCAUGUCGUUCAGGUGGUUGGAUAUGGUAGCAUGGACGGACAAGAUUACUGGAUAUGUAAAAAUAGCUGGGGUGUGUCAUGGGGAGACAAAGGUUAUUUUCUCCUUGCCAGAAACAAGGACAACAUGUGUGGAAUAGCAACUCAGGCAUCCUAUCCUGUUUGAAGAUUUUAUUCCAGCAAAACAAAGGAGCUUAUUGCAAUAGAGUACAUUAUGGGCAUUUUUAUUGCACAUUGUGUCGAUGUGUUUAACCUACAUAUACCUAAUUGAAAUUAUUAUAUUUUAAAUUCUCUGUUGAUCAAUUAUGGUAGCAUUGCAUGUUCAGAUGAUUUUCUGCAAUGUAGAACUUGAUUAAAAACCUUACGAUAUACUAGAAAAAAUCGACAAAUAAAUAAGAUAUAGCCACGAGCGUGAUUAUUUAGCUGGACCGAUUUGAAACAUUUGGACCUCAUGGGAGUAUACGGGAAAAUCAAAAUUUUGUUGACUCGCGAAUAUGAAUAGAAAAUGUUUUAAUGUAGAUUUUAGUAAAUAAAUAGUCAUAUACACAA